UUUAAUAGUGUACUGAGAGGUCACUCUUUGUGGCGGAAUUUCAGUAUCUUUGGAACGUGGGGUCGGUUUGGUUAUUUUCGUUUGUUUCCUUACCUUGCUAAUCUGGAUUUUUCGGCUCUUCUGGAAUGAUCACAUUGUAUAACCUUCACUGCCAAACUGACUACUGAUUAAUUUGGGUGGAAAUAAAAAGUUUCAGGAAAAAAAUGCACCAACUAUCAGACAAGAUGAUAUCCGGGUUGAAAACUUAUAAAUAUUCAUGUGUUGAUAAUUCUCCAUUUUCAACAUAUAUUAUGCAUCCAUUUUGGAACUGGUUAUCACAAUUUUAUCCUGUUUGGUUAGCUCCAAAUCUGAUAACAUUCACUGGUUUCCUUUUAACAGUUGCACAUUAUUUCCUUACGUGUUUUUAUAAUCCAAACUUCUCUGCAACUAAUAGUGUUCCUGUUUGGGUUUGGCUUGUCACAUCUUUCCUUGUGUUUAUUGCUCAUACUUUAGAUGGUACAGAUGGUAAACAAGCUCGUCGAACUAAGUCAUCAUCAGCUCUUGGAGAAUUAUUUGAUCAUGGAUGUGAUUCAUGGGUGUGUCUUUUUCUUCCUGGAUCAAUGUUCUCACUGUUAGGUGAUGUGUAUACUACACGUGAGAUGUUUAUCGGACAGUGGGUACUGAUUGUUAGUUUUCUACUAUCUCAUUGGGAGAAAUACAUAACGGGUGUCUUGUUUUUACCGUGGACUUUUGACACCAGCCAAACAGCUGUUGCUAUAGUCUUCCUGCUUGCUUAUUGGUUUUCGCCUACUAUUUUGAUUGAACCAAUUGUCUACGGUUGGUCGGCUGCGGCAAUUUUUAAAUAUACACUCUUCUUUUCACUUUAUUUUGUUCAUAUUCCUGUCACCUUAUGGAACAUUGUAAAAACAUGUCCGCAGAAACAACCAUGGCAUCGUGGUCUUGGAUUGACUGGAGUCUUAAAACCACUCUUUCCUGUAGCAGUUCUUCUUUUAAGUUCAUCUCUAUGGGCUAGUUAUUCACCGUCAAAUCUUCUCGAUAAACAUACACGUGUAUUUUUGUUUUGCUGGGGAACGAUUGCUUCAAAUGUGAUAUGUCAUCUAAUCGUUGCACAAUUAUGCCAUGUUCCAGCUCCGAUUCAUAAUAAAGAAGUUUAUCUAUAUUCAAUGAUUACCUCUAUUGUGUGCUUUGGUUUUCCACUGAGUAAAAACUCACCCACUGAAUACAUCUCUCUUUACAUGCUAACAGCUUUUGUUACUUUGGAUCAUAUUUAUUAUGCUUAUCAAGUGGUCAACGAGAUCGCCUCAUGUCUUCACAUUAAAGUGUUCAGCAUCACGCAAUAAUUCAAUCAGUUAAUCAAUGAUUUUUCAUGCAUUAUAAAAUUGUCUUAUUUAUAAUUAUGUAUGAUAAGAUUGUUUAUAUUCUGUUGUAAUUAGCUUAAGUUUUCUUCUUCUUGUUCUAACACGGAAUCUCAGUAUUGUUCAAUGAGCAAUUCUCUUUCGUCCUUUGAAGAAACUGACCUCAAUAUGCAUAUUUUUUUGAUGGUUUUACUGUCCAGUUGGUUUUCCUAUGCACUUAUAAUCUUUCUUCCCUUAUUAACUUUUCAUGUGUAAUACUGAUUAUAUUUCUAGCUAUGAGAUAUAACGCAAUAACUAUUAAGAUUGGAGAAAUACCUUUGUUUAUAUUGUCAGUCUACCUUCUUCUAUAUUUACUGCUGUCUUUUUCGACUAUUUAUUCUGCAUUUUAAAUGAAUUUAUCACAGUCAAACAUGUGUGUGUGUGUGUCAGAUAAUUAUUCAUUUGCAUAUUGUGUGUUUCUUCCAAUAACUAUGGUUUCAUGCAUAUGAAUAACAGUUCUGAAAACGAUUUCUUUCACUUUUCUUAACUUGUAUUUUUUAUAAAGGUUAAAAUUUAAUAAAUGCCUUUAUGAAAAGU